CAAGACAUAAAUUAAAAUCUUCCAGCAGUGGUAGGUCUUCAGUUAUCAGUAGUCUUGAGUUAGAAGCAGACCGGCAUCAUCGAGUGGCAAUUCGGAACGCAAUGAAGACAAUCAGCGGAUUAAUCUUCAUCCUUCUCGUAUCAAUCGCAGCCGGCAAUAAUCGUGAAAUCUGUUCUAGAGUCGAUUGGGGUUUCGAACUCUGUGAAAAAUCUGGCAUAAUUACUCGAAUUACGGACAAAGACACGUCUUUCAAAAGUCAUCUUACCUUGGAACUGGUGGGUGAUACAACAAUCGGUGAAAAUGCCUUCAGUACUUCUGAACUUGAGAUAUUACGUCUUUAUCUUCCAAGCAUAAAUACUGAAGACAGAGCUUCUUCUCGCUAUUUGGUAUUAUUUCCAAAUUCACUCGCUGGUUUACCAAACUUAAGAACUCUAGACAUCGACAACGCCAACAUCAAUUUGAAUGGGGUCAACCCACUACUUCCAGUUCCAUCAUUAAAGAAUCUAGAAAUCAAUAACGGCAAUCUGACGGAAGUGCCAACUAAAGUCCUACAGUCUCUUCCACACCUCACGGAACUAUCGUUGAGGGGUAAUAAGAUAAAUGCUAUUCAUGCUAAUGAUCUCGACAAUCUGGCAUCUCUACAGGAGAUAGAUUUGAGUUUCAAUGAAAUUAAGAACAUCCAGCCAGGUUCUUUCGAAAAACUCGGAGCACUAAGGGUUUUGGAUCUAUCUGCCAACGCUUUUCCAGCUGUGCCUGAACUUCUGAAAGGUUUGACGAUGUUGAAGACACUCCAUCUAUCUGAUUGCUUCGAUGAUAAUGGAUUUCAACCACACAUUCUUAACGAUGUACCGAACCUUGACCUGUUGCAAGUGGCUGCCAAUAAUAUAACGACACUGACACCUGGAAUGUUCGAUGCUGUCUGGCGGUUGCGUGACCUAUCACUAUAUGGUAAUAAAAUUCGUGAAGUUCCAACGGGAGUGUUCAACCGGCUCACGUCAUUGAAGGAGCUUUCUCUAGCUGACAAUGAAAUUGAAACGAUAACACCAGGCGCAUUUGGUUAUUUGACUCUCAAUAGCUUGAUCAUGUCUCUCAAUCGUCCCUUGAAAACUAUUUUAACUGAUACCUUCAGGGGCCUUACACUUUUUCGUUUGAGUCUGGCAAGAAAUAGUAUUUCAGUAAUUCAACCGAAAGCUUUCAAUUCUUUGCGAGUUACAAGCAUGCUAGAUCUCUCUCAGAACGCUUUAACAUCAGUUGGGGCCCAUGAUUUUUCCGGGCUCAAGACUAAGGCCUUGGAUUUGAGCCAAAAUUACAUCAACUCCAUCAAAUCGGAUGCAUUCAUAAAUACUGACAUCAAAGAACUUGGCCUUUACGGUACUCCUGUUAAGAUUACUGACAGAGCCAAGUUGGGGCUUGAAGAAUCGGUGCAAAUUCUGAAGUAAUUUAUGAAUAAACGUUUGAUAUUAUUCCACAACAUAUCUUGUAUCAAGUUUGAUAUUUAAUAUGAAAAUAUCCUUUAACAUAGCAUAUUAACUUGUUGAAAAUAUUGUUCUGUCAUUCUAUCUCAUAAAUAUAACAUAUUCACAGUGAAUUCUUGUGAAUAAAGAAAUAUCAUAUUGGCGUCAAUGAGAAUAA